ACUCUUUUAGAUUCCGCCACUUCCUUCACGUCAACGGUUCGAUUCCGCGCAGCCACUAUCCCCUCUUUCUCUUUCUUUUUAAAACACCGUUUUUUCUUCUCUCUCAUGAUUUUUCAACCAUUCUUCUUCUUCUUCUUCUUAUUCUUUGUCUUCUUCAGUUCACCCUUUUCUCUUCACUCUCACUUCCAAUGGACUCUUCUUCUUCCUCUGUUAUUAAGGAAGCAAAAGUGCUCAUGGUUGGCGCUGGCGGAAUUGGCUGCGAGCUCCUAAAGACUCUUGCUCUCUCCGGUUUCCCUGACAUACACAUCAUUGACAUGGAUACCAUAGAAGUCAGUAAUCUGAACAGACAAUUUUUAUUUCGACAAUCCCAUGUUGGGCAAUCCAAGGCUAAAGUUGCUAGGGAUGCUGUGUUAAAAUUUAGGCCCCACAUAAAAAUUACACCUUACCAUGCAAAUGUCAAAGAUCCUGAAUUCAAUGUGGACUUUUUUAAGCAAUUUAAUGUUGUUCUAAAUGGGCUUGACAAUCUAGAUGCACGCCGACAUGUGAAUCGCUUGUGCUUGGCAGCUAAUGUUCCUUUGGUUGAAAGUGGAACUACUGGGUUCCUUGGACAGGUCACUGUACAUAUCAAAGGAAGAACAGAGUGUUAUGAGUGUCAACCAAAACCAGCCCCCAAGACGUAUCCAGUUUGUACUAUCACAAGUACCCCAUCAAAGUUUGUUCACUGUAUUGUGUGGGCAAAAGACCUACUUUUUGCUAAGUUAUUUGGGGACAAGAAUCAGGACAAUGAUUUAAAUGUUCGAUCAAGUGAUGCUGCCAGUUCAUCUCAAAAUGUAGAGGAUGUAUUUGAACGUAGGAAAGAUGAAGACAUUGAUCAAUAUGGAAGGAAAAUUUUUGAUCAUGUAUUUGGGUACAACAUAGAAUUAGCUUUGUCUAACGAAGAGACAUGGAAAAAUCGUAAUAGACCAAAACCUAUAUACAGCAAGGAUGUGCUGUCUGAUGAACUGUCUCAACAAAAUGGAAAUUUGGACAAAAGUUGCACAUCUGAUGAUGGAUUUUCAGUUUCUGCCAUGGCAUCCUUGGGCAUGAAGAACCCACAGGAUAUCUGGAGUCUUGUAGAAAAUUCUAGAAUAUUUCUUGAAGCACUGAGACUGUUUUUUACAAAAAGGGAAAAGGACAUUGGCAAUCUAAGUUUUGAUAAAGAUGAUCAAUUGGCUGUAGAAUUUGUUACUGCAGCUGCAAACGUAAGGGCUGCUUCAUUUGGUAUCCCUCUGCACAGCCUUUUUGAAGCUAAGGGUAUUGCUGGUAAUAUUGUGCAUGCUGUUGCGACUACAAAUGCUGUUAUUGCUGGGUUGAUUGUCAUUGAAGCAAUCAAAGUGCUGCAAAAUGAUGUUAAAAAUUAUAGAAUGACAUAUUGUCUGGAGCAUCCAUCAAGAAACAUGCUGCUUAUGCCGGUGGAGCCAUUUGACCCAAACAAGUCCUGUUAUGUUUGCUCUGAGACACCGUUAUCACUUGAAAUAAAUACAAACUGUUCGAAGUUGAAAGAUUUAGUUGAAAAGAUUGUCAAGGCAAAGCUUGGGAUGAACCUUCCUCUUAUUAUGUGUUCUUCAAACCUGCUUUAUGAAGCUGGUGAUGUCGAGGAAGACAUGGUUGCAAUUUAUGCUGCCAACCUUGAGAAGGUUCUAGCUGAGCUUCCUUCUCCAGUAACUGGGGGCACAAUGCUCACGGUAGAGGAUAUGCAACAGGAAUUCGUUUGCAAUAUUAACAUCAAACACAGAGAGGAAUUUGAUGAGGAGAAAGAGCCUGAUGGGAUGGUUCUCUCAGGAUGGACUCAACCGGUGUCAGCAGUAGAAAAUAAAGACAAGUCUGUUGGUAAUGGUGCAAGCACCGCAGAUGCAUCAAUAACAGCUGUAGAAUUUGAAAAGGAUGACGAGAUAGAAAUAGUUUCAACCCCAAAGAAAAGAAAACUUGCUGAUGAAUCAAGUACUCCAAAUGCUGCUGAUGAAGCCAAGCAUCACAAGCAAUUGCAAGUAAUUGACGAUGAAGACGAUCUUGUUGUGCUUGAUGGGAAUUUUGACAACUUUAAGAAGAGAAGAUUGUCAUAGUCUAUGCAUGCACUAAAAUCAGGAUGAAUUCUUGCAUCCUAAUUUUGUAUUGAUAGGGAGGUUUGGCGAUUCUUUUGGCCGUAGUUGUUAGGUAUGCUGCUAUUAUUAGUCUUUUGCUUCACAUAGAUACUGUUUUUCUCCCUUUUGCUUUCCCUGUAGCAGCUCUCGCUGACGCCUGACAGAGAGGAUCACUGACCUCACAAAUUAACUUUCUCUCACUUGACAUUAGUGACAAAAGUUUUGCAAACUGGUAACAUAUUCAAUCAUUGUCAUGUACACUAUAUUUUAGAAUUGGAAUGUGAUUUAUCUUUAAUGUGUCAUGAAUUCUUAAAGGACAUCUUUUGUUACUAAUCUUUAAUGGCUUGAUGAUUCCCAUUUGUGAAGAUUCAAUACAAAUCUAUCUGAUGCAGAAAAGGUAAAAUGGAAAUCCAAGGCAAUAUAUGAUGUAAUGGCAAAUAUGCCUGCAAAUGUGGACUCCGUUAGCAGUAGCAUCCUAUGUGUCUGAAUUAAUCCUUUCUUUACCCUUCACUGUAUUUUGAAAGCAUGAAGGUGUUAGCACGUUUUAUUAAAUUAAUUGCCCCUUUCAGAGUAACCAAAGUUGAUAUUGAUAUGCAAAGUGGGUACCCUGCUGCAUGGACUACCCUGCUGCAUGGACUAUGAGAAAGGUUAAGCAGUACCUUCCUGUCAUAGUAUUUGUUUGGUUGCAUCCCCAUCUGUUAUGUAAUUUAAUGAUCUUAAUUUACAAAAGUAAU